AUGGCUCAACAAGAAGACAUAAACAACAAGCUCAUCAGGCAGAUCUCCGACGCCUUCGCCGGCGUCACGCUGGGCUCGGGCCUUUCCCUUCCCCAGGCACGCCAGGCGGACGUGUGCUGGACCCCCGACUGCAAGCAAGUCAAGUCUGCUCCUCGAGAUGAUGCAACAAGGAACUGGAGCGAGGUUCCCCUCAACACCCUCUUCAAACAUCGACACGAACUCUGCUUCCUUGAUGCCGCUGGGUUCCGAUUCUACAUUCCCUCCUUCAUGACCAGCGUCCUGCACGAUCCUGAGGGCGACGUUGGCCGAACAGUGGUGCCCUACUUGCUCACGCAGGGACCUUCGGGUCUCAGGACCAAGGGCCUGUCACGCAUGCAGGCUGUGUCGGUCGCCGCCUUCCUCGAGCACAUGAGCAAGCUCGCACCAGAGCUCUUCACACCAUCCCACACUAAGACACUCAGCCUGCUUUCCCAAUGGGCCAACGCUGGCAAGCUCCAUGAAUAA